UUUGAUAGAAGUCGUAAAGAAAUCAACAUCACACAACAAAGCACUCGAGGACCCGUCCGUGUACCGUUGAUUUAGCCCACGUGCGACUGUGUGUGUGUGCGAGAGGGAUCCCAGAAGCAUAACGGUAUUCGGUACUCCGUAUUCGGUAUAGCGGCCAUAUCUUGGGGCUGUCGGAAUCGGAACUGAACUAUUCGCUCGCUCUCCGCCGUCGCGACCGCUCUCUUAUCCCAAUUGACAGCCCGCUAAGAUCAUAAAGGCCGUAAAAUAAUCAUAACAAUAAUCGUAAAAAAUUAGAACCGCAAUCAGUCGCACAUUGGCCCUCGUACGGCGCAGAUCGUCGUAAACCCCAUUAUUAUUAUAAUAAACGUAAACGUAAUCGUUAUCGCAUAAACACCAAACAAAAACAAAGCCAAACACCCAGAGAAAUUGUAAUUGAAUUUCGCGCGCGUUUCUUUUUAUGAUGUUCGAGUGUCUGGCAGGUGUCUGGAUUGAAAUUCACCCACUAAUUGUGCAAUACUACUACAACUAAUGGAUCUGGGCUGACUGUGCUGCAAAGGAGAGUUCGAGUUCCAAUUGAUCAAGCCAAAUCCUACUACCUAAGUGUUUAUCUAUUCUUAAAAUCGUAUCGUGCACCGAAAACUCGAAUCUGCAGAACAACGUUUUCUAGUCCCCCGCAAAUCGAGCAAUAUCUACACACUAACAACAAACAAAAGCUAAAGCUUCCAACUCAAACCACAAUAAAUUCAACAGAAAUAAAACGUAGACAGCCAAAAACAAAAAAAAAACAAACAACAAAAAAACGAGAAAAAAAAUAAAAGGGAAAAGAAUAAGGAGAAGAAAAAGUUUCGUUUCCACUGCGGGCAAAGUUUUGAUUUUGGCGCACGUGCAAGCUACCGUUAGCUGAGAAAUUUGAAAAGCCAACAGGAUUGAAGGAUAAGCGCACGUUAUUGGAUUUAAAAGUGCAAUUUUGGAUUACCUACUUGUAAAUGGACAUGAAUCGCGGAUUACUUACAUGGAUUACCAGAAUUUAACUGCGCAUUCGUCGAAAAAGGUAAACCUACAACGCUUUUCCGACGACCUUUCGAUAACAGUUCAUGAGUUUCAAAAUCAAAAUUGAGGAAUACCAACUAGAGGAUAAGGCUACUUAAGGAUCAAAGAACACCAAGGAGAGGAGAUUUUCUACCAAAUCGAGCGACGAAGAGCAGGUUGAUUUCGUCAUUUUUGGCCAAGACAGCAAACAGAGGAACAGCAAAGCGGAAAUCAUUUUAUACCUCACACAACAACUACACACUAACUAAGACUAGGCUACGCAACUGUACAUUGUACUUAAGUGUUCAAAGGUUAUUUAGGUUACUUUGUAUAUAAGGAAAGUAGCUAAAAGCACGGAGACAGGGAGGCAGGAGCACCACAGUCACUAGCCACUAAGCAGAGUAACAGUCACGAUCACGUUCACUCCAGGAUCAGGACUCGCGGCGGGAUCAGCGGACGCUGAGGAGGCUGCCACGAUGACGAUGAGUACAAACAACUGCGAGAGCAUGACCUCGUACUUCACCAACUCGUACAUGGGGGCGGACAUGCACCAUGGCCACUACCCGGGCAACGGGGUCACCGACCUGGACGCCCAGCAGAUGCACCACUACAGCCAGAACGCGAAUCACCAGGGCAACAUGCCCUACCCGCGCUUCCCGCCCUACGACCGCAUGCCCUACUACAACGGCCAGGGGAUGGACCAGCAGCAGCAGCAGCAGCAGCACCAGGUCUACUCCCGCCCGGACAGCCCCUCCAGCCAGGUGGGCGGGGUCAUGCCCCAGGCGCAGACCAACGGUCAGUUGGGGGUGCCCCAGCAGCAGCAACAGCAGCAGCAGCAGCAACAGCCCACGCAGAACCAGCAGCAGGUGACGCAACAGGUGACACAUCCGCAGCAGCAGCAGCAACAGGUGACGCAACAGGUGACACAUCCGCAGCAGCAGCAACAGCAGCCAGUCGUCUACGCCAGCUGCAAGCUUCAGGCGGCCGUCGGCGGACUGGGCAUGGUCCCCGAGGGCGGAUCGCCCCCGCUGGUGGAUCAGAUGUCCGGCCACCACAUGAACGCCCAGAUGACGCUGCCCCACCACAUGGGACAUCCGCAGGCGCAGUUGGGCUACACGGACGUGGGAGUUCCCGACGUGACAGAGGUCCAUCAGAACCAUCACAACAUGGGCAUGUACCAGCAGCAGACGGGAGUUCCGCCUGUGGGGGCUCCACCCCAGGCGAUGAUGCACCAGGGCCAGGGUCCUCCACAGAUGCACCAAGGACACCCUGGCCAGCACACGCCACCUUCCCAAAACCCGAACUCGCAGUCCUCGGGGAUGCCGUCUCCACUGUAUCCCUGGAUGCGCAGUCAGUUUGGUAAGUGUCAAGAACGCAAGCGCGGAAGGCAGACGUACACCCGGUACCAGACUCUGGAGCUGGAGAAGGAGUUCCACUUCAAUCGCUACUUGACCCGUCGGCGAAGGAUCGAGAUCGCCCAUGCCCUGUGCCUCACGGAGCGCCAGAUAAAGAUAUGGUUCCAGAACCGGCGCAUGAAGUGGAAGAAGGAGAACAAGACGAAGGGCGAGCCGGGAUCCGGAGGCGAGGGCGACGAGAUAACGCCACCCAACAGUCCGCAGUAGACUGAGUCCGACGCAGGCUCACCAGUUAAAUGAAAUUUCUAUCUAAAUACAAUUUACGUUAGUUCGGAGAGCGCAAAUGAAUUUACUUCGAUCCCAGAGGACUAUCUAUUACCUAUCCAAUCCGUUGAACUUCGCGUGAACUAAACUAAACAAAGAGCAGAGCUGAGAACUCUACCUACAACUUAGUUAAUUGUUAUUAUUUUCUACUUAUUAUUUAAUUGUACACGAAUGGCGAGUGGAGAAAGCGAAAUAAGAUAAACGUAAAGAUAACGAUUACGAUAAAGAUACAAGUAAAGCGUAAAACUCAAACAAAACCAACUCAUGUGACCUCAGAUCUAAAUAAGCUAUAUUUAACUAUAAUGCAUAUAUAUACACAUAAAUAUAUGGAUAACUAUACAUGAUACCAAGUAAAGCUAAAGGCAAGGAGUUAUAUAUUAAUAAAUAUAUAUGAAGCAUAUAUACUAUAUACACGAUAACAUUAGUUCUACGCGUCAUAAGUACUGUACGAUUAACUUAUAUAUACACCCCAGCAUAAACCCUAAACCUAAAACAUAAACAUUAAACUAAAUCAAUGUUUGUAGCAAUCCUAGCGCAAAAGUAUAAAAUAAAAACCAAUAAAAAUCUAAAAAAAACCAAAUGGCGUCAAAAUCCAUUGCAUGUUGGUUCAAGAAACCCAUAAAUAUUUCAUAACACUGAACAUGAUAAUAGAAAACUUUGCCCUAAGUGAAUGUCGCAAAUUUAGACAAAGAAAUACCAAAACCACGGAGAAACGUUGCUUAAAGUAAAUAAAACGUUUUACACAUACAAUACAAAAUAAAUCCAAUUAACUGGCAGAAGCUUAAAUAUGAAUAGAAAGGAAUCGCAAAAGAUUGGCAAACUUUAAAAUAAUAGAUGUACAAAUUCUGCAAAUAAAACAUUUUAAAACUCGCAGUUGGAAAUUUAAGCCUAACCAAUUUGAGAGUUCCUCAAUUUUCGGUUACAAGAUCCAUUAUAUCUGUAUUUUCUUUUAUUUUUAAUUUCUUGUGCAAUUUUUAGUUCUCGCAAAAAAUUAAAUUCGAAUUAGGUCGAAAAGGAUAUAAAGUAUACCGAAAUGAAUAAAAAUAUGAAUUGGCAAGUGGAGUGGAGGAAUAUAAAUUGUUAACAGAGGAACACAAAAAAAUGUAUAAAUAAUGAAUUCAAACAAAAACCCUGUAAAGUAGUAAAUUGAAAUGCAUUAUUAUACGAGUAUGUAGAGAAUCCCUUUUGAAAGCAGAACCGAACGAUUUCUAUAUGAAUAUUCGCCUAACAACUAUUUAAAUGUAUGUACGUAACUCAAACUCAAUUUCCACGCCAUCUGUGGAAAUCCAUAUACCAAAGUCAAAGGAACGAAGGAGAAAGAGAAUGAAGGACGGGAAGGAAAACUAUAAAGCAUCAUAUGUUUAUAUGUAGAUAUAUAUAAUUAAACAAGCCUAAUAUAAAACAUGUAACUUUAUAGAGCGUUUCGUUUGUAAAUUCCCCAGUAAACUCCCUUCCCCUCCCAACCCGAUUCCCAAUCCCAGGUGAAAGGAUUUGUGAUUUGCAAUAGAAGAAAAUAGUCAAAAGAAAUCGAAAACAAACUUUACAAAGUAUUGGCUAAAACAUCCUUGAGAGCUAAAUUCAACUCAAUCCAGAUACGUAACUUUCGGCCUCAUUCUGUAAGAAACUAAAUACUUAAGUUUCAAUUCAGAAAAUUAAAAAAAAAAAUUUGAAAAAAAAUAUAGAAUGUAGAAAUUCACAAGAAACAAAAUUCGAAAGCGUUGAUAAAAAUAUAUAUAUUUGAAACAAAACAAAAACAUUAAAUACACUCAAACAUUUGUGCGAAAUUGAAACGAAAUGUGGAAGCUAAACAAUUUGUUGUAAAUAAAAUUUAAACUUUAGUGUAAACAAGAUGAAUGAAGAAUGCAGCGGAAGGGCUGCAAGGCAAAGCAAAAAGCAUAAAGAAAAUUAUAAUUAAAUUACAAAUGAGAUUUUGUUUUUAUUUGUAAUAUUU